UUUCGUUGAUUGUGUUGGAUGUAUGUCACGAAAGAGUUGACCGCACCAUCCGAACCAUCGUGAAUAGAGUUGCAAGGCCAACUCGCUUGCAGAAAUCGCAUCAAAAAGGAAAAUAUUACAAAACAAAUUUCGUUUUGUUCGUCUCGUUUUCGGCUAGUGCUUUUGAGUUUCACCUCUGUCAACGAUUAACCGUUAUUAUCUGUUUCGAUCCGAAGAUUGUACGUCAAUGAAUCUCACGUGUUGUUUCUGUGUCAGAAUUUAGUGGAAGAAAAAUCUGGUGCUCCUGCUGUCAUUGCACAAGAGAGCUCUGUCAUAGUAGUCGUGGGUAGUUUAUCGGUGAUAUCAGUUCGGUUCUAAAUUGCAGCUAUUUGAUGCCUGUGUGAAUUUGCACUUUAUCGGGAAUUCGUUAAAUAAUCUACUGAGCCAGAAGUAAACACCGAUUUGAAGAUUGUGUGACCCUGAAAGCGGAUUUCUUUUUCGGAUAUACCUACUACGUAUGUUUCCAUACUUCAGAAGUGUGACUACAGGUCCCAGGGCAAGCGAUAACGGGAUUGUAUGCAGCAGUCUUCAAACGAGAAAACGCACACCGUAGGAACGCCCAUUUGCUGUUGGUGAAUAUAAGACUACUACCACCCAACGUUAGUCACCAUCGCCCAACCUACAGUCAUGGACCAUUCUGAGCACCACGACUACAGUCACAAUAUGAUGAACCAGUCGGCCGGAUCCGAUGCCCAUGUACAUGACGGUCACCACGGAACCAUGGAUCAUAGUAUGCACGAUCACGUGGUAGGCACUCAGAUGCCACCAAUGGUCGGCCACGCCGGCCAUGGGAGUCACAAUGCCGGUGGUAUGGAAGGUAUGGUGCACCACAUGAUGUCGAUGUCGUUCCACGGAGGCUACAAUGAAACGAUUCUGUUCGAGCAGUGGAAAAUUGACAGCCUCUCCGGUUUGCUCUGGUCGAUGUUGCUCAUCUUCAUCAUGGCAGCACUGUACGAAGGUCUCAAAUACUACCGGGAACAUCUGUUCUGGAAGACGUACAACGCGCUACAGUAUCGACCCGUAACGGUGACGGAGAAAAGUCCCCGCAAUGGAACUGUCUCGAAUAACAACGAGACGGUAGUGAAUGGGGGUGGCGGUGAUGGCGACGAUGGAUCCCGAAUAGUUCACAUGGUUGGUGAAGUGAUCCACAAACAACCACCAACGAUGCUUUCCAUAAUGCACCUGUAUCAAACGUUCCUGCACAUCCUUCAGGUUACGCUCAGUUUUUUGCUGAUGCUUAUCUUCAUGACCUACAACACGUGGCUAUGCGUGGCGGUCGUUCUCGGUGCCGCCCUCGGAUACUUCCUGUUCGGCUGGAAGAAAUCGGUGGUCGUCGAUGUCACCGAGCACUGCCACUAGUCCGCAGGCCCGAUAGUACUACACGCUGGUGUGCUCCGCCAUCCCACCACAUUAAAAAGACACUUCGAAUUUGCAUCCACUGGAGCAAACAAUGAGAUGAGUUCUAGCUAUAAAUCAGGUAAGCUUUGUGAACGAUAGUGUGGAUGAGUGAUGGUGCUAGCCAGCACACGUUUGCCGAUAGGAAGAAGGAAGCCAGAGCGGCAUCUGUAAAAAGGGAAACUCAAAAAAUCUUUUAUAAUAAUUGUUAUAUACUGUGAGGAUAAGACUUGAUAAAUUGUUCGAUUUUGAAACUAAUAAAAAAGAGCGUAAGGAGGUUAGAGUCGCAGCGAUUUGGAACGUUUGAUUUGUGACGGACAAAUUUUGGUUCAUGCAAAAGAUUGUGAUUCUCAAAAGAUGGAUAGAUGAUACACGCGUAGGAGAGAGUUGUGGAUAGAAUUUUACUUAUCGGCACAUUCUGUGUAAAGAUGUAAGAAUGUAAGGAAUUGAGCUCAGUAAUUGUAUAGUACUAGAAAAAAAAUCUUGCAGGACGACCACCUUAGUAAUUAACAGCUAUGAAGGAAGAUUAGGUAUUCAUCCAUUUAAACUCGCCUGGGUGUACUGAGGUAAGACGUUCAUCUUAUAAACUAGUGUUGUUAUACUAUCGAACUUGGUGCAGAAUAAUUAGUUUCAGUGGUAAUAGUGGCCCUGCAUUUGUCCUGCAAACUUAAAAUCGACAACUGUUGCAACAAAAUUGUCGAAAUUUCGAUAUUUCACUUCCAGAAUAGUUAGUAAUUUUUUUGCGAUUCUAAAUUAAAAUGUUCGAAUGGAGUCUAUUUCGUAAGAAAAACUAGAGGGAAGAACGGACAACUUAGGGAUAUCGUCAAAUAUAAAAAACAGUUCAAAUGGGAACAGUAGAAAAUGUUAACAAACGUAUUAAGAAAGUUUGAAACCGAUCUGAAAACGACUUUUUUCUUGCUGAGGAUGAAACAAACACUUUAUGAGUAUAGACACAUGUCUUCAAAUUAUCAUAAUCUCUUAUUUUAAAUCAACCACAUAGAGAAGGCCUAAAUUGCUACUUUGUCAAGCAGCACCGGACACCUGUAUUACAAAUGUGCUGUCCGUUUUUUUCCAGGACACGUCACCCAGUGACUAGAAGAAAAUUUCCUUCUAAUCACUAAAUCACGGGACUGUGAGAAUAGACCCCAUAAUUUCCGUCUUACCCACAGCCUCCCUAAGCAUUUCAUUGCUAGAAGCGCAAAUAGGCAGUCCCUUUCACGGUUUCCUUUUUGGCGCACACUUUUACAGCCUCUCAUAGCUGUGAAUUGAAAAUUCCUAGAAUAUUCAACAUUCUGCAUCACAGAGAUAGUUAAUCAUAGACGUAAAAGUGAAGGUCAGAGAAAAUAUCCUUAUUCUACCGCUCUUCGUGUAAUUGCUUCUUUUUGGUUGAGUUUCUAUGCAAAUGGAACUACUAUACGAAUAAUCGCAAUAAUUUGCAUCCGAUUGCAUUAUAACUGAUUCCAUUUUUAGACGACCCGAUUUUUUUGCGUUAAUCACAGUGAAGGUAAUAAUUUGACCUAUCUACUGACUACUGAGAAAUAAACAUUAUGCAUGCAUUUGAAGGGUUAACAGAUAUUCAACAUGUUGAACAAAAGAGUGAGAAUUAAAACUGCCUUCAAUGAAAGUUGCCUAUGAAAAUUUCUAAGUGUAGAAAAGUUACUCUCUUGAAGUGUAAUAAUUUAUGACGAAACCAUGUCUUUAUUUCAUCAGUCCACAAUCAGCUACCACCGCUUAGAUCUAUGCUAUUCGUCACUUGUAAAUGGAUAAUUAACAUUGGACUCGUUUAACAUUCAGUGGUACGAGCCCGAUGCAGAAAGUAUAAGGGGUGUUGGAGGCAGUACGGCCGCUCAAGGAAAACGUUGAAAAUAUAGAAGAAUCGAUCUGGAACUAAGUCUUCUUCUUUGAGAGGUUGGGGGAUCAUUUAUAUGAUUCAGUUCGCUUCGUGUGGCAGUGUCGACUUUGUCCUUAGUUGCUGGUGAUUGCUUUUUGUUUAGCUUUUCACUUCGUGAGAUACGAUUGAGAAUCUUCCUUUGAUGUUAUAAGCUACGUUGUUGGUAGUGCUGGAUGUAUAUUUGAUAGUGCUGAGUACAGUCAUUGAUGAACUAGUACUCCCUCUAAGUAUCAGUUGCAACGGAGUCCACUUGUUGCAUGUAUCUUUUAAUCACGCCGUUGGCGGUACGUUUUUUAUAUAUACGGGCGGGGAUGAGGACUCUAACGUUGCCACAAUUGGUGGUGUGCUGCAAGUUCUUCCACGAAACGAAUGACCGUGUUUGGACAAUAUUCUUGAACACUACUUUGCUGUGGUGAACUUGCGAAGUGUUAACUUGUGCCAGCUUGAGCUCCGUUAGCAUUGUUACAUUUCCUGAAUUACUGAUCUCACGGGACAUUUCGAAAAACAUAAUUCACCCACAGUGGGGCUACUCUUAGCUGUGUAUUGACAGUCGUUACUAUUUCACGCAGUAGUUAGGGACAACGAUCCGUCCAGGAAAUCGAGACCAAUAGACGGAAACGUUGGUCUCAAAAAACGAUUGUAAUGCGUCAAAAGUAGGUUCAGAGAGAAAAUAUCCUUGGACCUGUGAAUGCAAGAUCGCUUUCGUACGUCCAACUCCAAAUUGGCAUUCAUUCCAGGGUUUAUCCAGGGAUAACGAAGAUUUACACAUAUUCGGAUCAAGUUUGACUCCUAUGAAGGAAACACGGUAGUGGUAGCCGCCAUAAAAAUGAUGAACUCAAUCUUACCAGGAUUCAGGUAUGCAACAUACAGUUGCAGCAAGUUAAAUUCUUACCUUAUCAUUCAGUCUAAAACCGUGUUGCCCUUUUCUGUACUAAGGAAUCACCUGCAGAUCAGAUUUAUGGAUGUUUAUAGCCCGGCUUUCAAGGCACACCGUACCCAUAAUCUGCACCCUGUAGUAGAAGGUUCGAAACAUCUUCGCCUCGUAAACGCUAUAGGGUGCGUUGGUCAUCCACUAGCACAACCCAGGUUGCGUGGCCUUAGAAUAGUUUGUCCUACCGAAGAAUUUUUCGGAGCCCUAAGUAAACAUGCCUCCGAAUUUCUCUACUGUUUGUAUUUUAGAUUACUCGAUCUCGGGUCGUCUAUCUCCAGCAUCCUUGAGCACUAGCCGCACGUGCAUCUUCUUUUAUUAUCACACAGUCAGCGAGCGCAGGGUCUAAUUUCCUACUCUAACUGGUCUUUCUUCAACCAUUCGCGCUACAUCUUCAGCAUACUGUUAUCUGCAUUGUUUUACCUUCCUUUCAAUGUCAUCAUGUUUGCAUACUUAGUACAGCUCGUGAUUUAUGUGUUUGAACCAUUUUCUAUAUAUGCCGCCGAGUGUUUAGCGCAGCUUUCUUCUCUCAAACACACCAAGCAUUCAAAAGUACUUUAAUGCCCAAGCCUCGUGACCAUACAGAACAAAAAUUGAGUCCUUUUGAAUUUUCAUUAGAUGUCAAAGUGUAGUAUUGAAGAUUUUAAUAGUGAUUUUGAUUUGGUGAAGAAUGGUUCUGGUGCGGUCAUGAAUAGUGGCGACAUCGGUUGAAGUUCCGCUACUCCGCUACUCUGCGUUCAGAACGACCUGCCUAAAAUGGAAGCAAGAAACCCAACGGUUAUCGUUGCAACGUCGGAGAGAAGCCACCCAGCAUCAUCGCCAUCGUCUUCAGUAGUUGUUGUUUGAUUGAUCCUGCUGCGGUUUCAUCGAUUGGAACAGUUUCGCAAUGGUGCAUAAUUCUGAGCAGACGAAAAAAAUUCCGACUUAAAACUGGAAAUGAAUCCGCUACAACAUGCCUUCGGGAAUCUCGCUCCGUGGUUAGCCGCAUCUCGCUCGAUCAUCUGGGAGAGUAAUAUCGAAGCGAAUGUUUCGUGAAUCCACUUGUAUGCUGUCAUAGAUUUAAAUGAUGGGGAUACGGAGCUCACGUUCAUUUGUGGGAUUUCGGAAAUGUCGCUCUACUCGCAACCGACACUUUCAUAUAACAUCAAAUGUAAAUGACGAUGCCUGCGGGACGCAGAAAAAAGUGGCUGCCGUCAAAUUUUUGUGAUUAAGUUUUUCGUCGAAUUCCGUCGUGGAGCGUAUGGAAAAUGAAGUGUAGUGCAUCAAGCCCAGCUACUCUGGCACACUUUCGGAGACGUGGCGAAAACGGGGCAAUAAGAAUUGGCGAGCAAGUUCCCAGGGGCUCGGAAAGGCUUGCACAGAUUUUCUUUCAACGCAUUACGGAUACCAACAUCAAGAUGGAUACAUAAAUUGGUUCAAACUCCACUGUCCUCGAAUGCAGUGCAAAAUGAGUUGCUUUUUCGGUCUACGACGAAGCGGCCAACGGUACCAGUGGAAUACCCUUUGGUGAGAUUAACCCAAUUUAUCUUGUUCUUAUUUUGUUUUGAAUCUUACCCAAUUUAUCUUGUACUUAUUUUGUUUUGAAAGCCACAUGCCACGAAAAAUAAUCACAGGUAGGUCCAUAGUGGCACACAUUCUCCAUCAUCGACGGCUCCCGAGGUCUCGGCUAUCAUUGUCUUGUACCUUACUUUCUUUAUUUCAGAGAGCGAAUAAAGACGCUAUAACCUAGGCUCAUAAUCCGUUGAUUAAAUUAUUCAUUAAAUGAAUAAUUUGAUUGCCGUAUAAUUUAGAAACAUCUUUAUUUUGUACGCUGCACAGUUGGCCUGGCCGCUUUAAUGUUUGUGUCAUAUUCAAUAUGUGCCACAAACAUUAAUAAUGACAAGAAAAAUUGUGGGCGAACGUCUGCAAUUUUCCAGGAUCCCUACAUGUAUUGACUGUGUAUGUGUAGACUAGACUAGACUAGACAAGCCUCGUGACCAUACAGAACAACAGGAAAUAUCAGCGAUUUGCGUAGAGUAAUUUUUAUGCACGUCGAGACCUUAGCUGUCUGUGUAAACCAUAGAAAGUUCUAUUCGCAGCCGCAACACGUCUUUUUACCUCGUGACUAGUAUCGUUAUCAGAUGUCACUUGUGUUGCAAACUAUAGCGAUUCAUCGACAACCUCGUACUGUAACCUAUCGAUUUGCACUUCCGAACCAACGCCGUUCGGACUACAUCGCACUCUACCAGCUACCAUGUAUUUUGUCUUGCCCGAGUUUAUAGUCAGUCCGAUUAUCGCAGCCUCUUUUGAAGGGCAAAACGCCUCUUCCGCUGCUCUGCGAUCAACGCCAAUGAUGUCUUCCGUGAAGCCACAAUACAUGAAGCUUGUUCCGUUCCUUUGCACAUCAGAUCUUCGUAUCGCAUUUUCGAGCUGUAUGCUGAACAAUAGGAUAGAGAGUUCAUCGUCCUCCAUCUAACGUCACAAACGAAUGGGAUGUUUCUCUGGCUAUUUUGCCGCUUGAUAUUGAUCUAUCCAGCAUCAUACGAAUCACCUUAAUAUCAGUUUUAUCAAGCAUGCCACAGUUCGUUUCGUUUCACUGAAUUGUACGACCCUUUAAAAUCCACAAACAAAUGAUGAGUGCGCAAGUUGUAUUCCCAGAAUUUAUCCAGCAUUUGUCGCAGGCUAAACAUCUAGUCCGUCGUUGAUCGUCCUUCUCGAAACCCCGCUUUGGUAUUUGCCAGUAUUGUUUUCCCUCGAUUGUUAUUAUACUUGAGUUUGUGGCCCUUCUGGAAGAUAGGGCAUAUGAGGCCAUCGAACCAUAUCUUCUUGCACCCAGAUCAUCCCAAUCCCGCAGUGGAUUGCUACGUGCAGCCGGUGACUCCCUACUUUUGAAAAUUCAAACAGGAUUCUGUUCUUCACAACAGACCAUUUUUCAGCUCUCGGAUAGUCUUUCGUCUACCGCAAAUGUAUCCACAGCUUGUCCACAAUUCCCAAUCCUCAAUCUGUUUAUGCAUUCCCGACUUGUUUAUCCGUUCAAAAGCAACUCAAAGUGCUCCUACCACCCGGCAGCCACUUCUGUAGGUUCUGUUGACAGAUUUUCAUCUCGAUCGUUAAGCAUGACCGGCAUCGGGGCGCUUUUCCUCCUCAUGUUGUUGAUUGUGUUUUGUAGAACUUCCGCGCGUGAUUCCUCGCAAAGCUUCUCUCAUGCUUACGUUUCUUACACCGAUGAAGUUUAUCCUCGGCUGCCCUCAGCCGACCAUAUCGUCCCUUUUUCUGACGUGUAGCCGCUGCAAGCAUUCGGAUUUUAACCUGGAUUAUCUCGUUCGUCGCUCUUUGGCACUAAACACUUCUGUAACUGUUGUACUGGCCGCUUCAUGCACCUGUUGCCACGCUGCAUUCAGGUCAUCGGUUGCUGGUCGAUAUUCGAUUCGUUCGUCAAGCUACAGAUAGCUAUGCCUCUGGUUGCGGCGAGAUCUAUCAACCUUAGGCCUUUGUCGUUGGUGUUUGAGAGGAAGCUCGCUAUACCAAUAACUGGGCGAAAGAAUUCUUCCCUCUGGGUCUAUGCAUUUGUGUCCCCGAUGAUGAAUUUUACGUGAUGGAUUGGAUGUUCUCCGUAGGUCUUGUCUAGACGCUCAUUGAAUUCAUCUUUGACAUCAUACAGCUCGUUGUUUGUAGAAGCGUAGGAAUUGAUCAAGCUAUAGUUGAAGAACGUGCCCUUUAUCCUCAACACGCAAAUACGGUCACUGUUGCUUACCAAGAACUACAAAACAAGCUCCAUGUUCUGCCUUCUCGCCGCCACUGUGGUAGAAGUGGUACUUGAACGGGGUACAUGCAGUUGGGUUUACUGCGUGGAAUGCUCGUUAUACGUGAGACCACCUCGAAUUUCCUGAAGAGCUGCGAUCUCCGCCUUCGUUUAUUGCAGGUUCCAAGCAUGUAGGGAAUCUUUCGUUUGUCCGAACCGGGUUCUGGAUUCCAAGACUGAAUUUUCAGUCAGUUUCUCGUUAAACAUUUCAAUGAUCUUUGCUCAUACUUCCACUCUGUAACUAUUGUUAUAUUUUCCGGGGUUAUUUGGUCAUUUGGUAUGCUGCCUUACCACGGCUGCGACACUGACAAGGCACCGUAUUCCUUCUUCAACCGCCCUUUUUGGAACAGACACUGCUGUUUAGAGCCGCUUCUAAUGGAUAACAGACGCUCUUCUAUUUUCCCCUUCCCCGUCAGCAUACAAAAGAUUCCACCGGGGUUGGCUACACGAUUUUCACUAAGGCUGCUCUUACCCCAGGUAGCCCCACGUGGAGGUAGUUCUGUAUCCAAGGUGAAUGAUCACCCAAUCGAUCGUUAUCGGGACAUCAUGUUGCAUCUGAUACAGCUGCAAUGGUCACCAGUGCGCCCAAAUACUCAAGCUCAUCAAUCAGUUCGAUUUCAUCGUCAUCAAACCAACGACACAACGUGGCGCUUAUUGAAAUAAUCUGUGAGUCACCCCUCAGAAAUGAGGACGAAAUAAUUUCUCGCGCAACACUGCUUUGAUCUGCGUGUCAUUGCAAUCGAUCAUCUUUCGGAGCAAAGCUACAAUAUGCCAUAUGCUUUUGGGUAUAUAUAGAAUCUAACCAUACGAAAAAUUUAAAAAAUAUUGUCUUAACUAGGGAUUUGCUGUCGUUCCUCUAUGCGGUGGUAGGGAACACCUUUGCUUGCUAAAGCAACAGAUAAUUUAACUGCUUCGGUCGAACGAACACUUUUUCAGUCAAACGGUGAAUCCAAACUCUUGAAGGCAUUGAAAAAGUGCAUUGAGGUUUAUACCAGUGUUCUUCCUGCAUGACUCAGUCCACUACAUACAAUAAAUAACUAGAGAUGUGCUUGAGCCUUGUCAACAUGGCGUCUAUUUGUUAGUGUCACAUGUCAGGCGUUUCAGUAUAGUAAACCAAUGAUUUAGCUUGGAGUGCCCAGUUGAGAGUAGAUCGAUAUCAGUAAGUUCCGUGUUUGCUCCGAUCAGGCUAUUCGUCUUUCGGGUGACCACAACCGAAACACCCCACUCCGCGCAACCGAUAGGCGCAAUUAUUUUAACCGAACUCCACUAGGAGCAUAAUCGGUAAAUUUGAGCGGAACACUAGCUUCUGGUCCAGGUCCAACUUCACCUUUCGUGCAGCGUCUACAUGUAGGUACUAAACACGAAAAGGUAGUUCGGCUAACAAAGGAAGUUGGUGCCCUCCAUCAGAACUUGUGUAGUCUUUUCCGGUACGUUUUUUCUCAGUUUUUCCAUCCAUCAGUAUCUUCACCAUUUCCUUUUCAUCCUUCGCCUCUCGUUUGGUCUUCCGGAAUACGCGCUUCAUCAUGUCCCAAUAGCCUUCGAUUGGACGGAGUUCAGCAUAGUUUGGUGAGUUCAUGUCUUUCAGCACAGAAUUAGGUGGAUACCACUCCUUUGUAGUUUUGGGAUACUGGCAUGAAGCGAAAUCGGACGAAAACAAUGGUUUUUGAUCGUGCUGUCUCAAAAACACCAAAAGACGUACCCUAAAGGCACUCAGUUUUGAAAAUCUCGCCCUUUAUGGUGAUUUUGAUCACGAAUUCAGUUCACUAUGUUUGCCAUAAUUGCAUAUGGCCUGCCAAAUCGACAGCUUUUUCCGGUUGAAACGGGCAUCCACAGCAAGUUUGGCCUCUGUUUGCCCUACCCGUGCUAUAUACCCGUCCCAGCAACUGCUUGAUAGCUACGUUGAUGUAAGUCUCGUCCUUAAUAACGCAGCACCGGUAUUUCACAGCAUUGUAAAGAUUUUCCGGGUGCGCAUUUCUUCUCAAGUUUUUGGUCAUGUCGAAAUGUUCGGAUUCCGCUUGAAAUGUGCAGUCAGCGGGCUCGUUUUUGUGUGUGUGUUGGUUUUCGUCUAGGUCCUGAUUGGUGGAUUCGUUUCUGGAAGCUUUGGAGGACCCUUGAGACGGUCGAAUGAUUUUUAUUUACUAGUUUUUCCAAAACAUGAUGCGACAAUCCAGUCCACAGUGGAAGAAAUCCGACAAAAAGGCAAUUAAUUGGAAGCCGCUGAAAAAGACAAUAUAUACACCAAAAGUUGCAGAUUUUUUAGGAUCAAAUUUGCAAUCAAAUUUGUUCACCGCACGCAACUGUGGCCGGAGAUAUGGGGCUUUGAAGAUCCGGAACAUUUCCGGUUUUCAUCAAAUCUGAAACCUAAUUCGGAAGCCGCAGUAAAAGUACAAAGGAUUAUACUCUUAAAGUUGACGAAAACUGCAGCACUCAAGACGCAAUCAAAUUUGUUCACCGCACGCACUUGUAACCGGAGAUAUGGGGCUUAGAAGAUCCGGAACAUUAACGGUUUUCAUCAAAUCUGAUACCUAAUUCAAAAUCCGCUGAAAAAGUACAAAGAAUUAUACCCUUAAAGUUGCGGAAAACUCCAGUGAUCAAGAUGCAAUCAAAUUUAUUCACAGCACACACUCGUGACCGGAAAUAUAAGGCUUUGAAGAUCCGGAACAUUAACGGUUUUUCAUCAAAUCAGGCUCCCAUACAGCAAAAGACCAAAAUCUAUAUAUCGAAAUUUGCGAAAAACUCCAGCAAUCAAAACGUAAUAAGCAUUUGAAGCUGAAAUACAUUUUACUGGAAGCGUUUAGAGCUGGAGUGCAUUUUGAUCUUAAUUCACUUUGGCAAUUUGGAAGCCGCACAACAAGUACAAACUAUUUAACGAUCAUAUCUCAUAUCUCCGGUCACAAGUGCGUGCGGUGAACAAAUUUGAUUGCAUCUUAUUUCCUAAAAAAUUCCGCAACUUUUGGAGUAUAUAUUGUCAUACUUUUUCAGCGGCUUCCAAUUAAUUGCCUUUUUGGUCGGAUUUCUUCCACUGUGCAGUCUUUUACAAGUGGGCGAACAAAAUCUUUUCGCAAACGGUUGGCUGAUCCUGAUCGGAAUCUCACUGACUGACUCACUACACAACUGUGCGGAUGUAAACAGUACACUCUAAAGAGAAACUGGGUAAAAUUUGUAGUUGUGUUCAACAGUAGUUUUACUGCUGUUACAUUCCAUUCAGCUUGCACUGUUUAUUUCGACGAGAACAUUUCAAAUGGGCCGAUAAACAAAACGUAAACAAUUCCGGUUAAUACUUACUUCAAAUAGACACUAACAAAGCUUUAUACAUACCUUGAAUAAGCCGAUUCUGAAGCCUGGCUGUUGGCAAAAUAAUGGAUUAUCGAAAAGGCACAUAAGCAAAAUAACUUGUUUUGCUUGUGUUCCCUUUCACUUCCCCUCAAAAAUUAACGGUUCAUAUACACCAAACAACAAGGGGGGUGGGUGUAGUGUAUUGGUAAAUCGAUUGCCUUGUACGCAGCGCAUCUGGGUUAGAGUCCCGACCCCGCACAUAGGGUUGGAAAUUUUUCAUAAGAGAUUUUUCUAACCCGAAGAGGCGAAUGACCUUAAGGUUAAAACCUCUAUAAUCGAAAUAAAAAAUAAAAAAAACCAAACAACAAAACGGAAAAAUUUGUUUAUGGGCCCUUUUUUAAUGAAAAAGACUAUACUUGAAAAGGGAACAAAAACAUCGCAACACCAAGAAAGGGAUCAAAAUAAACGUCACAUAAUCAUUUGCUGUAAACAAAAGGGCUCACCCGCACGCACUAUAAGCUAACGUCUCGCCGAAAAGGGAUUAUGGGAGAGGGCACAAAACCAGUGCGAUGUUUCAAAAGGGACCAAAACAUUUAUCUACAAAAAACGUUCAAAAUACAUUUUUUUUUUAAAUCUGGUAUGUUAUUCGGAAAAAAUGGUUAAUUUAACACGGCAUUGAGUUGUUUGGUCCUUAAAUCAAACUCCUUUUCAUAAAUGGGAAUAUAAAGUACGAGGUAAUUUUCCAGUCGCCAUUUUCUCAACAUGAGCAUAUUGUAUAUAAUGCCUUAUGAAAUGUUGACGUCGAUUUGCUGAGUUAUCUUACACUAUUUUUGUAUCAACUGUAAAAAAAAUUAUUUUUAUUUUUCGUGAUAUAAUUUUGUUGUGCUGCAUAGGCUUCCUUGAAGCCGUAGUGGUUGCUGCAAUAGUUUUUCUAGAAGUACUGUAGUGCACAGCUCACCACUUUCAAUAAGGAAGUGGUGGAACUUUGUCGAGAGAUGUUCUUUUUUCAAUGAAAAUAAGUGAUUCUUGUACUGCCUAUAAUCACAAGUCAUGAAGAUGUGGAAUUGCACAGAACUUGGGACUGACUUGCAGUGUAUGUGUGUCCAUUUCGUUCUUUAGUCCGCACACACAAAUCAAAUACUUGAACCCCUUCGCCAUUGUACCCAGCUCGAACUGGACGUAAGUGACGUAGUCCUCAGUUAAUUACUUCGUGACCUGUAGACAGACGUAACAUUUGCCGGACUUCGAAGCGCUAACGCAGCUCUCGAGCUUCCUGAUGGUUUCGUCGAAAGAGAAGUUGUUGGCAUUUUUCGGCUGGAUGAAACUGUGGUAACACUCCUGUAACGAGAUUCCAAGUUUCAACAUCAAUAAUAGUGACCUGAACAAAAUAACCGUCAUGACCGCUGUAAGACACCCGUAGAAUCAGGAAUCAGAGUAUAUUGGCUCAAAUGGCACGUUACCCUAUGUAAUUGAAGAUUUGUGACUCCUUUGAAUCUAUUUUCAUUUCCAAUUUUAAGCCAAAUAAAUCAAUAAUUCCAGCUACCAGACCGACAAAUCUGAAGUUUAUAUGGAAUUUUUCGACAACCUGUAUGGAGAAAACUCACAGAUUCACAUUUUCACCACUACAUCGGAUUCUAUCUGCCAAAGUUUUAUUAGUAUUGAGUUUCUGAAUGAAAAUAUUAUUGUCUACUACUUUGUCGUAGACUGCUAAUUGAUCUAAAAGGAUUCGGGGAAGUUAAGAGGGUCCUUCUUCUCUCGAGACCCUAAAUUGAGCUGUUUCUUUGGGGAAUCGAUUACGAAGUGUCUAUCGAAUGGAUUUUAAAGUUUUGUUUCCUGUUUUUAAGUUACUACUUUACUUAAGCGGGAUGCAUUCAGUUUCAACAUCAAUGUAAUCAAUGACGUUUCAAGAUUGCCUAUGUUUUUUGUGGUCUUCAAAAUUAAAAUUCAAAAAUCAAAACAAGUGGCUCAAAGUGGAAAAUAAUAAUUUGGAAUGUUCCCUGUGGAUGCUUUACUAUCUGUUCCACAGAAGACAGCUCAAUUUCGGGUCUCGCGAGUAGAGGAUCCCCUUAACGAUAUAAUGUCUGAGUUCGUUUUGCCCAGGGCCUAACAGCACAUGGCUUUUGUUCAGGUAUCAAAUGCAACGAAAUUAUUUAUUUUGCUAAAACAGGGUUACGUUUAGCUUAAUAGUGUGCUCGCAAGAAUUUUAGUGUACAGGAUGCGUUAUUUUUGGACCAUAAUUUUAGAUUAAAAUUUUACCGCUAAGAGGGCGCCAAAACUAUCUUUUCUGUUCGCCGCAGACGGGGCAACAAGAUACACGUCACAUAAUAUAUUCACGAUGUUGCUGUCAUCGCAUUAUAUCUAGGGAAAAAAAAUCCUUAGUGAAUAUUUUAUUUGGUGUGUGUUCUGUCGUCUCGUCUGCGGACAACUUUAAACGAAUUGAGAUAGAAAGCUGACGUCUCCUAAAUUUGUUAACAUUCUAGGUCUCUCCUUUAAAAAGUUAUCGUUUGCACCCUCUAUUCCGUGCAAUGUGGAACUUAAAUUUCCCACAUUUCUUUUACUAUAAACAAAUAAGUUUGUGGAAAUUUAUUCUGACAUAAACGUGUGCGGAAAUUAUUCGAAACAAUUAAUAAUAAUAUCGGAUUAAUAUCCGCCAAUUUUACCAGAAAACUAGCUCCACCGUUUAUACGCGGUCCCAAACAGUGGGUUAUCCCUAGGGAUCGUUAACAAAUUUUCACUAGUGGUCUAUCCCCCAUAUACUAGUGCAUGUCAGUAGUAGGGUCACCGUAUUCACAGAUUUUUCUGUAACGUCAAAGAUUUAUUUCAUAAUUUUUAUUGGCGAAUCAAAGCGUGAUUGACUCACAGAUGACAAGUAUGUAAAAAUGACGAUGGGAAAUUUGACAUCCGUCAAACUACGGUGAAUUUUUUUGGUAUUUACGAAACCUUCUCUAAUAUCUUCAACACGGAAUCCAAAACGUUAGGUAAGUUAUAGAAAUCUAUCAAAGAUAUAACUGCAAAAAUCUGACGUUACCUAAAUAUUUUUUUAUUUUAAUAACCGCUGAUAUUGGUUAUUUUUCAGAAAAGAAAAAAUGUGUUGUUCACGCGUGCAUCCGGAAAUUCUACCACCUUUUUCAAAAUUCCCUAUCCAGUGUUUCAUAAAUGAAAGCAGCUCUUGCACUUCUCCGGUAAGCGCCGAAAUUAUAUGUUCAGCUCAUUUUACUUCGGCGGAUAUUAUUGCAAGUAAGAAAAGCUGCGAAAACCGCAUAUCCCUCCUUUAUUGGACGGAUGGAUUCUCCGACGUAAUGCAUGACGUUCAUGAUCGCAAUAUGACAAAAAUAACAUAACCUUUUAUAAUUCAGAGUAGGUUUUGCAAUACUUCAAAACUUCAUGAACUAUAACUUUACCAAAUUGCGCAAUAAAGUAAAAGUUAUUUCUUACCAUCACUUUUAUAUUCCAUAUCAAAAUAAUUUGUAUUUACCUGUAAGAAUGUAGUUUAGAAAUUCACUUCCUCUAUAAAAAUUAACCCAUCAUCCCUUUUGUAAUUGCAGGCCUGACAGACAGGUUUCUCACAACACGUUUUAGUUUUGCUUUGAUUCUUCAAUUACAGGUUCUUUUUCACAGAUGACAGAUUUUUGGCAUUUUAAUGAAAAUUUCGUAGAUUUCCACCGAACCAUUGCGAUUUUCACAGAUUUUUUGGAAAUUUAGCACAGAUUUUUAUUCCUAUUUUAGUCAUCACAGCUGGUUGUAACCAAAACACAGCUUUUUAAUGUGGCAUCUCUGGUCAGUGCUGCCAUCAUAUUAUGAUGACCGUUAAACAAGUAAAGAAUUGUUUUCGAGUGUUAAGUCUGUUACUCUAUGCUAAAACCAUCCAAAGUUAGGUAUUUUGCAAUACUACUUCAGACACUACUUUGUUAGAAAUUGAGUAGCUUCCGGAAGAUUUUAUAUCGAUUAUCAAACUUCGACAAAGCGGUAGGCAGUAUUUUUUUUAUCAGAAUUUGAAUUCUAGUUAUAUUCUGAUACCUAGAAUGUCACCUAUUGGCAAACAUGUGUACAUGUGGCUUUUCCCAAUUUACACGGUAAAAAAAACUUUACCCAUUUUAUGUAUUCAAAUUGCCCAUUUUCGGAAGUUAUUCGAGCUGUCAAAAAAUGGGUAUUUUUUUGUUUCUAACAAUGAGUACUUUUUAUCCAUUUCACAACUACUCUAUGAGGUACAGGUAAUGUCAAUGGGUAUAUUGAUCUUAACAAUGGGUGAAAAAUUCUUAAGAAUUAUUUCAAGCGAAUUAACCUGCAAAGGAUCGUAGCGGAACCUGCAAAUUAUCGGCCUGCAUCGGAGUCCGUGGCGAAAACGGAACAUUUUGGCAAUGCUCCGAAAACAACGGCUGUUUAGAUUACUGAGGUUGUAGCAAAUAUGCACCAGUUCGGCAUUUUUAGAGCAGUCAAAAGAUCCAGCCAUCAAAAAUAUAUCGAGUUGGCGGUUUUAUUUUAUUAAGGAGUUUUGGAAUAGGAUCUCUAUCUAGAUUCCGAUACUUUUAUAAGGAGACAAUAAUGUGAAAUGAAUGUUAUUUUAUGUUUUUUUAAAUUCAGAAAUAAUUCUAUCGACAGUAUUUUUUAUGCAUUUUGUUGUAACAGUUCUGCGAAAAAUAAUGGGUAAAAAAUACCCAGGUCGACGUACAAUGUCUGUACUCAUUUAUGGGUACAAACUCUUUACCCAUUUAAUGGGUUAUUCCACUUUUAUUGAAAAUGCGUAGUUUUCUACGCAUUAAUGGGUACUUUAUUUUAUCAGUGUAGAUUGUCGAAUAAUUCCACGCAAACUGCAAAUAUGCUGAUUCGGUAAUUAGACUUGAUCAAUUUUUCUCAAAGUUGGACAAUACUCAAUCUUAGGGGUGGGUCGGUUUAAUUCUAAAAAAAAUUAUGUUCCGGGUUUGAUUUUUCUUGGCCCGGACAUCUUUUAUUCCCAAACUAUACCCGUAAUACGUUAACCCAUUCCGCGCGCGUGAUGCCAUACAACAACACCCGACAUGACGUGUGUAAUUACAUCGUAAUAGCUUGAUUGAACAUAUUCGGACAAGAGUUUAAAAAAAAACAAAGCAUUGAUUUAGCUGAUUUUUUGUUGAACUGUCUUGUCGUAAUCAUAAAAACACCGAGAAAAAAUUCGUUUUUGUUUUUGUUUGUCUCUCGCCACUGUUCGAAAUUUUAAACGAAUCAGCAUGCCACACAGGAAAUAAACAGAUUAAUACUUACCUUACCUACAAAUACCAUCACCAAAAAAUAACAACUAUGUAAAUUUGGAUCAAAACGCUUCCAUCAAAAACUGAGCAUAGGUAAUGUUAGAGGGAAUCAAACCUUCCGAUGUCCACUGUCUACCAAUAAAGGCGAGGCGUUGAAUGUAGAGCACUCUAGUUAGAGUGUGGCCAAGAGGCCAUGACGUAUCCAAACGAACAUGAAAUUUGACGUAUUUCUAUUGUGUAUACGUCAAAUUCCAUGUUCGUUUGGAUACGUCAUGGCCUCUUGACCACACUCUAACUAGAGUGCUCUAGUUGAAUGCCGAUAUUGCUAAGGUUCACAACAUAUCCCCAAUAUCAAUGUGGUGUAGGUAUGCGACAACCAAAUGCAUCAGUGUAAAAAGUGUUUACUAGUGACGAACAAAUAAAAUUAUUCCAUCGAACUGUUAACGCUUUAUUAUUCAAAAAGAAACAAAAUUAUAAAAAAAAAAACAACAGAACAAAUAGAUUGUAAAAAAGUUUAGGCCAUGUCAGCAUCCUAUUUAGACUGGAAAUCCUUACGUUAUAUUGUUAUAGAAACAUCUCUUGCUAUAUGCUCCGAUUCGUUUCCUCAAUUAUAUCAUAUAAAAUCAAAUCGUUAUUACAUUGUGUUGACUCAUUGAAGCAUUAUAUUCACUUCGUGCGAAGCUGUGGUUUAUAGUUAGGAUAGAAAUUAUUAUUUUAGAACACACCUAUAGCAAAAGCCUUGGAGCGUUGAAACUAAUGUUUCUUUUAGCCAACACAACCUUUAUAUAAUUCUACAUUGAAGCAAUUCAGUAAUGUGCGAAGCAAUGAUUGAGAGAGUUCGUCGGUGGUAGAGACGUGAUAUGCAAAAGUUCCCCACGAGCUGACAACUGUUUAGCUCAUUUAUAUAGUAGUAGUAAUUCGCUAUCGCCUUAGUUCGGCUUUGUCUAUCAACUGUCACUCUCAUUUCAGCGUCAUGCAUUCUUAUUCAUGAUAGUUUAGGUAAUAUUAGGUUAAUAUCACCUAUAAAACUACGAUGUAUUCUUACUUUUGGAACAACACAAAUUAUAUUGUAUAGGUGAUAUAAAUAAUGAUAUUUAAGGCAUUGGA